AUGUCCAACAAUGAAUCGCAAAAGGGCGGCUACGUUCCGCCUCACAGAAGAAACCAAGGUGCCGGCGACCUGAGACCCCUCCGUGGCGGCUUUGGCGGCGGCUCCUCCUCCGGCGGCUUUGGCGGCCGCCGUGACUUUGACGGCGCCUUUGGCUCGAGAAGCGGUGGCUUCGGUGGCUCCCGCCGUGGCCGCGGCGGCAUGGGCCGUCGUCCCGGUGUCGGUCGCUGGGAAGAUGGCAAGCACAUCCCCGCUGAACGCGACUCUCGUCUUGAACUUGAGUUGUUCGGUACCCCCGACGACUCGCUGUUCCAAUCGUCGGGGAUCAACUUUGAUCAAUACGAUGACAUCCCCGUCGAAGCCACUGGUGAAGGUGUUCCCGAGCCCAUCACCUCGUUCACCCACCCUCCUCUUGACGCGUUGUUGGUGGAAAACGUCGAGAUGGCUCGCUUCACCAAGCCCACCCCGGUGCAAAAGUACUCGGUCCCCAUCGUUGCUGCUGGCCGGGACUUGAUGGCGUGUGCUCAAACCGGUUCGGGUAAGACCGGGGGUUUCUUGUUCCCCGUGUUGUCGGAAUCGUACAUGAACGGUCCCGCCCCCAUCCCCGAAAACAUGGGCUCGUUUUCGUUUAACAAGUGCUUCCCCACCAUCUUGGUGAUGGCCCCCACUCGUGAAUUGGUGUCGCAAAUCUUCGAGGAAGCCAAGAAGUUCGCUUACCGUUCGUGGGUCCGCCCCUGUGUCGUCUACGGUGGUGCCGAAAUCGGCAACCAAAUGCGUCAACUCGAACGCGGUUGCGACUUGCUUGUGGCUACCCCUGGUCGUUUGAAGGACUUGUUGGAAAGAGGCAAGGUCUCGUUGGCCAACAUCAAGUACCUCGUUCUUGACGAAGCUGACAGAAUGUUGGAUAUGGGUUUCGAACCCCAAAUCCGUCACAUCGUCCAAGAAUGUGACAUGCCCGGCGUCCAACACCGUCAAACCCUCAUGUUCUCGGCUACCUUCCCUCGUGACAUCCAAAUGUUGGCCCGUGACUUCUUGAAGGAAUACAUUUUCCUUUCGGUUGGUCGUGUCGGUUCGACUUCGGAAAACAUCACCCAAAAGGUGAUCUACGUCGAAGAUGACGAAAAGAAGCUGGCGCUUUUGGACAUCUUGGCUUCGGAAGACAAGGGUUUGACCAUCAUCUUCACUGAAACCAAGAGAAUGGCUGAUAAUUUGGCCGACUACUUGUACGGUCACAACUUCCCUGCCACCGCUAUCCACGGUGACCGUUCGCAAUACGAACGUGAAAAGGCUUUGGCCCAAUUCAAGCUGGGUUCGGCUCCCAUCCUUGUGGCCACUGCCGUCGCCGCUCGUGGUUUGGAUAUUCCCAACGUGUCCCACGUUAUCAACUACGACUUGCCCCUGGACAUCGACGACUACGUCCACCGUAUCGGUCGUACUGGUAGAGCCGGUAACACCGGUGAAGCCACCGCUUUCUUCAACCGUAACAACAAGGCUAUUGCCAAGGGUAUGGUUGAAUUGUUGCUGGAAGCUAACCAAGAAGUUCCCGAGUUCUUGAACAAGAUCGCCCGUGAAGCCGCCUUCUCUCGUGGCCCCGGUCGCGGUCGUGGCGGCCGCCUGGGUGCGUCGCGCGACUUCAGAUCGUCGGGCGGUCGUGGCUACGGUGGUGGCUCGUCGUGGGGGGGUUCCUCUGGCGGGUCCUCGUGGGGCUCCUCUCGUGGCGGCAGCAGCUUCUACAAUGACGGUUACGGCAACCAAACCUCUAACCAACUGUGGUGGUAA